AUGUCUGUCCAAGCAAAGCGUCAGCAUUGCUACUUAUGCGAUCUGCCCCGCAUGCCGUGGGCAAUGCUCACAGACUUCACAGAGCCGGUAUGUCGCGGUUGCGUCAACUACGAAGGUGCCGAUCGCAUCGAGUUGGUCCUGGACACCGCUCGUCAGAUGAAACGCGGAAUAGCAGCAGGCACAAAAGGUCUGACCCAAUCCAGAGCAACCGUGGCAGCCGUCGAAAACGGCGUUAAUGAAAUCCACAGAGCCGCUGCUCAUUACCAGGCCGCCAUGCACAGGAACCAGACGUCCACCAGCGCCGGACAUCUGAGCGAGUUCACCCAGGCCUCCGUACGUUCGCCUGUUUCGGCCCAUCAUGCGUCCGCCUUGAGGUCUCAGCAAAUGCAACUGAAACGCGGAGCCUCGACUGAUGAUAAUGAGGAGCACCCGGAAGGAUUGGUGGCCGUCAAAAGGGGCGCCCAGGGUUUGCUGACGGCCGACGAUGCGGCAGGAAGACCGCCGCUGGCUAGAGGCGAGUCUCUGCCGGCCGCCGUGUUCGUUGCCGAACGAGCCGGAUCGGCCGCGUUCAAGGAUAAGCACCCGCACCCGGUCAGGGCGCCCUCGUUUGAUACCGCGUUCAAGGCUAACGAGUUGCUGACCCUCCGCUCGACCAGCAAUGGCACCAGCAACACCAACAAUUCUCAACAGCAACAACAGCAACAACAACAACAACAGCAACAGCAACAACAAAAUUGGCGAAGUUGCACACCGUACGAUAUUCAAUAUAAGACGAAUGAGAAAGUCAAGUCCACUAGCCCUGACACUAAUGCAGGGAUACGAACCGCGGACGUCUUGAUUAAAGGAUAUCCAUCAGCAAUACCUCUAGUACCAGUAUCAGUUUCUGCGAGCGCAGUUGCAGUUGGUGUUGAUCAAUCAGGAGUCCAAAAUCCUCAACAGCAGCAACAGAUGCUGUCCCAGCAGCCUCAACAAAGCCCAAUGGCGGCUUUGAUGUCUGUGGCUGACGCUUUGCCUCCAGGAAGUCCCAGAAGUUCUACAAGCAGUGGCGGACCUAGUCCUCCGGGGCCUCCUCAGGGCGUUCCGCCGCCCGUGAGAUCCGCCAGUAGGGGAUCGCAACAUUCACCCAACUCUUCAGGUUCUUCGAGUGGUCGCCGCUCCUCCGGCUCCCGCCACGUGUCCUCCACAACAGUGACCUCCAGCGAAGGAGUGGCCUCCACGGGCACCGCCAAUGCAGCACCUCCAGGAAGUCAACAACAGCAACAACCCCAGGACUCCUCCGCCGGAUCCAUGGAGCAGCGCGGCGGCGGCACCCCUUUGGGCGCCCAACCUGGUACGGGCGUUCCUCCGCAGGGCGCCGGAGCACCCCCGCCGCCCGGCUCGGGAAAUCCGACAUUGAAGUGCACGAUUUGCCAAGAGCGAUUGGAGGACACGCAUUUUGUGCAGUGCCCUUCGAUCGGACAUCACAAAUUCUGCUUCCCUUGCUCCAGGGAUAGUAUUAAGAGACAGGGCUCGGGAUCAGAGGUCUAUUGUCCAAGUGGAGAAAAGUGCCCCCUUGCCAACAGCACUGUGCCGUGGGCCUUCAUGCAGGGCGAAAUCGCAACCAUCCUCGGGGACGAAGUCAAAAUAAAAAAGGAGCGCGAAACAUAAACCUGUCAGGAUAUUCGGGAACUGCAGAGUUCCUGCUCGAUAUCCUCCUUUUAUCAAUAACUGAUGAUGAUGUGCCGAAACGUCGGCGAACUCGAAAGCCGUCGUGGCACAAAAAAGUAUCACAAAAAGCACGUCGUAGGACGUGACAAGAUAAACAAAACAACAGGGCAAGAGGCUCUUGUUUAAUAAUAAAAAACGACUCAUGGUCAAGGUUAUAACCGACAAAACAAGCUCACAUACAAUGAGUCUACUUAAAACUGCGAUUUGUACAUACAGUCAUAUUUAAUUUUUUUUUUUAGUUUAGACUAAGUUUUAUC